AUGGUCUUAACAAUACAAGAUAUAAUCAAACAAUUAAUUCAAGCUCAUGACGAAGGUCGAGAUGUUAACCUCAAUAAAAUUAAAAGUAUAACUUCAAGUAAAUAUGGACUACCAUCUCAACCACGUUUGGUAGAUAUCGUAGCUGGUGUACCACGAAAUUAUAGAAAGGUUCUUGUUCCGAAAUUGAAAGCAAAGCCUGUCCGAACUGCAUCUGGAAUAGCUGUUGUAGCUGUAAUGUGCAAGCCUCAUCGCUGUCCUCACAUUUCAAUGACUGGUAACAUUUGUGUUUAUUGCCCUGGUGGACCCGAUUCUGACUUUGAAUACUCAACUCAGUCUUAUACUGGUUAUGAGCCAACUUCCAUGAGAGCAAUUAGAGCACGGUAUAAUCCUUACUUGCAAGUUAAACAUCGAACAGAACAGUUACGGCAGCUUGGUCACAAUGUCGAUAAGGUUGAAUUCAUAGUGAUGGGUGGAACAUUUAUGGCUUUGGAUGAAGAAUAUCGGGAUUACUUUAUUCGCAACUUACACGACGCUCUUUCUGGUCAUACAAGUAAUAAUGUAGAAGAAGCAGUAAAAUACUCGGAACAUAGUAAAACAAAAUGUAUCGGUAUUACUAUCGAGACCCGCCCUGAUUACUGCCUAAAGAAGCACUUAAGUUCUAUGCUCAAUUAUGGAUGUACCAGAUUAGAAAUUGGAGUUCAAAGCGUAUAUGAAGACGUGGCAAGGGACACAAAUAGAGGGCAUACCGUCAGGGCAGUCUGUGAAUCUUUUCAACAAGCUAAAGACGCUGGUUUUAAGGUUGUUGCUCAUAUGAUGCCAGAUUUGCCGAAUGUCGAUAUAGAACGUGAUAUACAAGGUUUCACGGAAUUUUUCGAGAAUCCUGCAUUUCGAGCAGAUGGGCUAAAGAUUUAUCCAACACUAGUCAUAAGAGGAACAGGACUAUAUGAACUAUGGAAGACUGGAAGAUAUAGAAGCUAUCCCCCUGAUGUAUUAAUAGAUCUUGUGGCUAGAAUCUUAGCUCUAGUACCGCCUUGGACGCGAGUGUACAGAGUUCAAAGGGAUAUUCCUAUGCCAUUAGUAAGCUCUGGUGUCGAGCACGGAAACUUGAGAGAGUUAGCACUAGCUAGGAUGAAAGACCUUGGUACUGAGUGCCGCGAUGUACGUACGAGGGAAGUCGGAAUUCAAGAAUUACAUCAAAAAGUCAAGCCUUAUGAGGUGGAACUCAUUCGUCGUGAUUACUACGCCAACGGAGGCUGGGAAACUUUCUUAUCUUACGAAGAUACCUUCAGGAGUGAACUGAAAGGGGGAUGUUCUAUAGUUAGAGAACUACAUUUAUAUGGAAGUGUAGUGCCUGUCAGUGCACGGGACCCAACGAAAUUUCAACACCAAGGUUUUGGAAUGCUACUAAUGGAGGAAGCAGAACGGAUAGCAUUGGAGGAACACGGAUCCAAUAAAAUGUCUGUUAUAUCUGGAGUUGGCACUAGAAAUUAUUAUAGAAAACUUGGCUACGAAUUAGAUGGUCCAUACAUGUCAAAAAGCCUAAGAUAG